UAUAUCCACUGAUCUCACUGAGUCACACCCGCUCUCUAUAAAUAAUCUUCUGAUCCCCAUUUUAAGCUCAACAGACACUACUCUCUCUCACUAAAAAUGUCAGCUUCCUUGCAAUCUCCGCCAUCAUCAGCUCUCUCCUCUUCAUCUCUUCAAGAGGGAAGAUUGAGGUUCACCGUUCACUCCGUAAGGCGGAGUUUCAUCUUCAAGUCUCAGAGAUCGUUUCCUCAAAUUCGAGCUUCCACAGGCUUCUCGUCUUCUCUCGACACUGGUUUAAACACUGAAUUGGACUCUGUAUCUAGCUACAGUGAGAUCGUUCCUGAUACCGUUAUUUUCGAUGAUUUCGAGAGGUUUCCUCCAACUGCUGCUACCGUUAGCUCCUCUCUCAUCCUUGGUAUCUGUAGUCUUCCCGAUACAACAUUUAGGAGUGCUGUGGAUACUGCAUUGGCUGAUUCAGAGUGCUAUGGGUUAGAGAGCUCGGAUAUUCAGAUGUCUUGUUUCUUUAACAAGGCCUUAGUCAAUGUUGGCGGUGAGAUGGCAAAGCUAGUCCCUGGCCGAGUUUCAACUGAAGUGGAUGCUCGUCUUGCAUAUGACACGCAUGGCAUUAUCAGGAAGGUGCAUGACCUGUUGAAAUUUUAUAACAAAAUUGAGGUCCCUCCAGAACGUUUACUGUUUAAAAUUCCUGCAACUUGGCAGGGAAUAGAGGCAUCAAGAUUGCUGGAAUCUGAGGGAAUACAGACACAUCUGACUUUUGUUUAUAGCUUUUGUCAAGCUGCAGCGGCAGCUCAAGCUGGUGCUUCUGUUAUUCAGAUAUUUGUUGGUCGUGUUAGGGAUUGGGCACGCAACCAUUCUGGUGACCCUGAGAUAGAAGCUGCUGUUAAAAGAGGAGAAGAUCCUGGGUUGGCUUUGGUGACAAAAGCUUAUAAUUACAUACACAAGUACGGGCACAAAUCAAAGUUGAUGGCAGCAGCAGUUCGGAGCAAGCAGGAUAUAUUUAACCUUCUAGGGGUUGACUAUAUAAUCACACCAUUGAAGAUAUUGCAAUCUCUCAAGGACUCUGUCACUCCCCCUGAUGACAAGUACUCUUUCGUGAGGAGGUUAUCCCCACAAUCAGCUGCUACCUACAAAUUCAGCGAUGAUGAGCUAGUAAAGUGGGACCAAUAUAGCUUUUCAUCAGCCAUGGGGCCUGCAUCUGUGGAACUUCUGGGUGGUGGUAUGGAAGGCUAUGUUAACCAAGCGAAGCGGGUUGAGGAGUUGUUCGGGAAGAUAUGGCCACCCCCAAAUGUCUGAAGUGGUCUAGUGAUCGAAUCACUAAGCAGAAGCUUGACAAAAUAACAAAAGUCCACAAAUCUGGUUGAGGGUGUUCUGUCUGUUUGUGAAAAUCUUUUUUUUUUGGGUGAUUCCUCUCUCUCUCUCUCUCACAGUUGUAUGCCAUCUUUAGCGACAUGUUCUUGUCUAAGCACUUCAAUAAUACCAUAUACAAUUUGCAGUUAA